GCCGCAGCGUAUUUGAUGACCUCCGUGUGUCUCUGUCAGCGAGUGUCUCCAGGUGGCCUGCCAAGGACUGAAACCCAUCAGCUCUGUGCCUGCCCCAGGCCAGAUGAUGUACCGUUUGCCACAGUUACCCCCUUAAAAACAUCCUAUGAUCCAGGGGAGCAGAUAAUGUACUUCUGCAAGCCGGGCUAUGUGUCCCGCGGAGGGAUGAGACGGUUUACCUGCCCCCUCACCGGAAUCUGGCCCAUCAACACGCUGAGAUGUACACCCAGAGUGUGUCCUUUCGCUGGAAUCUUAGAAAAUGGAGCUGUACGCUACACAACUUUUGAAUAUCCCAACACAAUCAGUUUUUCUUGUAACAACGGGUUUUUUCUGAAUGGAACUAAAUCUGCUCAAUGCACUGAGGAGGGAAUAUGGAGUCCGAACCUCCCUGUGUGUUCCCCUGAAACCUGCCCUCCACCACCCACACCUAGAUUUGCGGUACUUAGUGCUUAUGAGCCAUUGGCUGGAAACAGAUCAGUCUACGGAAAGCAGGCCGUCUUUAAAUGCCUGCCCAACUACGCCAUGUUUGGAAAUGACACCGCUACCUGCACAGCGCAUGGAAACUGGACUGAGUUACCAGAAUGCAGGGAAGUAAAAUGCCCCUUCCCAGUAAGACCAGACAAUGGAUUUGUGAACUAUCCUGCAAAAGAAGCACUUAGUUACAAGGAUAAAGCCACCUAUGGUUGCCAUGAUACCUAUGUCUUGGAUGGCCCAGAAGAGGUAGAAUGCAACAAAUUCGGAAACUGGUCUGCACAACCAAGCUGCAAAGCGUCUUGUAAAGUGUCUGUUAAAAAAGCUACUGUGAUAUUCGAAGGAGAGAGAGUGAAGAUCCAAGAAAAAUUUAAGAAUGGGAUGCUGCAUGGUCAGAAAGUUUCUUUCUUCUGCAAAAAUAAGGAAAAGAAGUGCAGUUACACCGAGGAUGCUCAGUGCAUCGACGGCACCUUUGAAGUCCCCAGCUGCUUCAAGGAACACAGUUCCCUGGCCUUCUGGAAAACGGACGCCUGGGAUGUCAAGCCAUGCUAAACUGGCCUUCGGAUUCAAACUUCAGCGUCAUAUCUGUGUUUGUCCAGGAAACCUAACGGAGGUGGAAAAAAUAAAGUGACUGAAUGUAUGGCCUUA